UUGCAAUGAACAAAUUUUAUGAAUGCAGUGAAACAAUCUUCAUUAUAUAAAUUUAAAACCUAUUUUUGUUGUUGUAGAGACACAUCUUCAUAUUGAUAGUUGUUAUACCACUUUUUGUUCUUAUUUUUUAUUUUUUGCUGACCACAAGUAACUGUAAAUUUAAAGCAAAAAAUAAGUAAGAACUCUUUAAGGUUACCAGUGGUUUUUGGUGUUUGUUCAAAAUACAUACAUUAGUGUCAUGUUUUUUAAAGUUUGUUUUGUUAACGACGUCAUAUUAAACGCUAAUUUACAGAUUGGUCACCUUUUUAUGUUGAUGUUCUUUGUGCAAAGAGAGACAUGAAAAAUCAACCACCAAUUUUAUUUGCAUUAUAACUUCAGUGAAGUAAAGUGCCUGUUUUUUAGCAUACUUAAAUUAAUAAAAAACAAACAAUUUAAAGAAGUUGUGCAUACAUAAUUAAAUAAAUAUUAAUUUAAUAAUAAAAACCCUCAGUAAUUGUUUGUUUGUUCUAGAGGUGCCAACAGGUUUUUAAAUCGUUAAAAAGUGAGCAUCUAAUUUCCAAAAAAUUAAUGGAGGAGGAACUAUUUGCAGACCUGGUAGAAGAGGUCGUAUCUACCAAAGGAGAUUUUACGCAUAAAAAAGGCGAAGAUGGAGAAGAAGAAUUCUAUAACCUAUUAAAAAGUUGGAAUUUGGAACAUUUAAAAACAUUUUUUGAAGAUGAACGCGUAACUUUUGGUGUUCUUAAAAUUAUGAGAAGUGGUGAUUUAAAUGACGUAACACAAAAAAUGAAAAUUGGAGACCGUCUUAUAUUUAAAUACAAUUUUGAACACUGGAAAUUUGAAAACGGUUUUACAUCACCAGCACAUAAAUAUUUGAAACACCACCGUGAAUAUACAUCAUCUUUAUCCUGUUUAUCAUCUCAGUCAUCGGAUGAAAUGGACUCUUUGCCAACUGUAUUAGAAAUUUUAAAACAACAUCAAGUCGGAAUUAAUAUUAUGGAGCAAUAUGAAAAAAUACAACUAUUAAAUGAACAGCACCGUAUAAUGAUAAUGAAUAUAAUAGUGGAACAUUUUUUUUCUAAAAACAUUAUUAUGACGCUGCAAAUUUCAUAUCGUUUAAAAAAUGAAAUUCUAAAACUGUUUCCAAACGAAAAAUUGGAGUACUAUCGGUCAGAAAGACGUGGGAGACUGUAUGUGAAGUAUCAUAAUAAUAAAGGAAAAUUGAAAAUGUUCCAAACAGUGCCAUCUUCUAAUAAAAUUCUGGAUGCCAAGCAAAAAUUUGCUCCCGAAGAUAACGCCGAACUUUGCUUACAAAGUUUAAAAAAUGAUAACCUUGAAGAUUUUAAGGCAACAUGGUCCGCUUGCGCAAAAUUUCGCAUAAACCAAAUAUAUUCCGGUUGCACAAGUAUUAAAGAAGCUCUUGCACAAUGGCCACAAUAUAAAGGAUCGAUUGGUUCUCAAUUGAGAUGGAUUUGGAUUUUAAAAUCAUCCAUGUAAAUUUCACAACAAUCACUGGGUGUGAUGAAAAACUGCAAAAAAUAUGCAACUUUUUAAAAAAUCGUGUUACAAUUCACGAUACUGAAAUUAAAAAUGUUGUAAACGGUUUAGAAGUGGAUCAGAUAGAAAAAGAUAAAAACGAUUUCUAUCUUAAGGUACUAUGGUGCGCUCACUAUUGCUUAUAUCCUACUAAGAAAUUUCCAAGAAAGGAUGUGAAUGGAAAAACCGACUUUGGAAAAUUUUCAAUAAAAAAUUCACAGGAAUCUUUUAUAUAUAAGUGAAACACACCAAUCAAUUUUAGAUUAUAUUGACUUUUUAAUAGACAAAGGCGAGCCAAUACAACCCUUUAUUUUAGGAUUAGGAGAUCCAAAGACAUUAAGUGUUUCAAAAUUGUAUGUGUAUUUAGAUUCAGUAAUGAUCGAGUUCAAUGAAUUUUGUAGAGCAUUAGAUAUUUGCUUUAAAGCGUUUCACAUUUUCAAUGUUGAAUAUCCUUUAGCUUCUUCAAAUUAUUGGUGUCUCAUAGAAAAUUAUUUAUACAAUAUUGAAAAAACUAAUUUAAAAAAAAAAAAUACCAAAGUUUCAGUAUUAAUAAAUGAAAUUUCAGGAAAUUAAAUAUUAAUAGUUUCAC